AUGGGCAUGCUGGCCUGGUUCGUGCACAACUUUGUCGCGCUCAACCAGCUGACGCCCGACUACAUCCUCAUCCUCUUCAUCGUCUCGGUGCUCGCCCUCGCCUGGGCCCUCUUCACCCUCUUCAGCUACCACCGCAGCAGCACCAACGCCCAGUUCGUCGGGCUGAUCGACCUCGGCUUCGUCGGCGCCUUCAUCGCCAGCGCCUACUACCUGCGCUUCAUGGCCUCGGCCGACUGCACGCACGUCACCGCCGGCGACCGCUGGGUCGUCAGCGCGGGCAACAUCGUCAGCCUGUCCGGCAUGGGCGUCGACAUCACCACCGAGAAGCCCUGCGCCAUGCUCAAGGCCAGCUUCGCCUUCGCCAUCAUGAACUGCAUCUUCUUCUUCUUCACCUCGGUCCUCGCCUUCAUGCACGGCGGCCGCAUGAGCAGCGCCGACCGCGAGAAGCGCUACGUCCGCGAGACCCACUACCGCCGCCACGGCCACCGCCGCCACAGCCGCAGCCCGGGCCACCACAGCCGGAGGAGCUCCCACUCGCACCACCGCGUCUACGUCUGA